AUGGAGAUAGCAGGAGAUAACGGUGAGAUAGUGCGCGGAAUCUGGCGGCCCUAUCGGUCCAGAAGAAAGAAGAACCAAGCCCCGAGGUCUUGGGGUGGAGUGCGAGGAGGCCCAGACGGCUGGAACGGAGACGGAGAUGAGGCCAGAUCAGGCCAGAUGAGGAUGGGGCAGAGGCGCACAUGCUUAUUACCAGGCAGACGAACUUCGCCGCAGGACACGAUCCGACGACUCUCUUGCACACAGGAUGAAUACAUCACUCAAAGUUAUGAUCAUUGGCGAAAAAGAGGUAUACCCUACGUCCGACCAAGUUUUCCAUUCGGAAACAUUUAUCCGUUGGUUUCCUUAAAGAAAUGUUAUGGAGACAUAUUAGCGCAGUUACAUAAUUCGUCGAAAGGUCCAGUAGUUGGCUACUGGGCAAUUAACAAUCCUUUUUUGUUGAUUCGAAGCCCUGAACUAAUUAAAAAUAUACUGGUGAAGGACUUCAAUCACUUCAGCGAACGUGCUGUUUCUUCAAACAACCACGACCGUAUUUUCAAUGACAUGUUAUUUUCUAUGCAUUUCCACGACUGGAAAAUACUGAGGACCAAACUGACACCACUAUUUACAACUACAAAGUUGAAAUAUGUUAUGCAUAUCUUCAGAGAAUCGGCGCAAGAAAUGAUUGAUUAUCUGGAAGAAGUUUCUGGAGAUGCAGUGGAUUGCAAGCAAAUUUCCAGUCAACUGACUACGAAUAUUUUUGUUGGUACCGGUUUCGGUUACAAAAUAAAUUGCUUCAAAGAAGUUGACAAUCUGUUUUUUAUUUCAAGUAUUGUAAAGUUUAAUGUAUUUACGGAGGAUUUUCUGGACUUCUAUAGAUUUCACUUUUGGAAGGUUAUAAAAGAUCGAGAGGAAUCGGGUGUGAAAUAUAAUGAUUUUAUUGAUUGUUAUAUCCAAUUGAAGAAUGAAGGAGAUUUAGGCGAUGGCAUUACACUAGAUGGAGAUAAGCUUAUGGCGCAGGCUAUUCAAUUUUUCAUGGCCGGUUUUGAAACUACAAGUUCUUUAAUAGCAUUUACUCUCUACGAACUAGCGAUGAAUGAAGAAAUCCAAGAUAAAUUGAGGUUUGAAGUCGUCGAUGCACUAAAAAAGGAAGCCGAUGGCAACUUUGGUUAUGAAAAUAUAGCAAAUCUAAGUUAUCUUUCCAAAGUUAUGUCAGAAGCGGCGAGGAAAUAUCCAACACUUCCCUUCUUAGAGAGAAUAUGUGUUAAGGAUUACCAAAUUCCUGAAACUGAUAUUGUCUUAGACAAAGGAACUAAAUGCCAAUUUUCCACUUUAGGAAUACACUAUGAUCCGGAAUAUUUCCCAAAUCCAGAUAUAUUUGACCCAGAGAGAUUUUCACCAGAAGGAAUUCAAUCUCGUCCGGCUUAUGUUUAUAUGCCUUUUGGACAUGGCCCACAUAAUUGCAUAGGAAAAAGAUUUGGAUUAUUGACUGCAAAAAUGUGCAUCGCACAAAUUCUAAUCAAAUUCCAAAUAAAACCUACUGAAAGCACACCAACAAAGAUUAAAUUACACAGCAAAUCAUUUAUAAUCAAACCUCAAGAUGUUUUCUUAAAAUUUGUAAAAUUCUAA